AUGGCAACCCCUUCCAUCCAGAUUGACCGCAUCCUCGCUGCCGUCCCGGCUACCAACCGUGGACAUCCCACGCAGCUCUCUACCGACCCCAAGGGCAGGAGGAUAGCUUAUGCCUCCGGUAAAUCUAUAUUCGUGCGGAGCAUCGACGACCCAUCCGACAGCAAAGAGUACACGGGCCACAACUCGGCCACGACGGUCGCGCGCUUCUCGCCCAGCGGCUUCAAGGUGGCCAGCGGUGACGCGUCCGGGAUCCUGCACGUGUGGGAGCCGGACAACAUCGACAGCACCUCGCGCAAGGAGUACCAGAUCAUAGCCGGGCGUCUGAACGACGUCGCCUGGGAUGGCGAGUCGCAGCGGGUCAUAGCUGUCGGCGAUGGCCGCGAGCAGUUCGGGCGCUGCAUCACGGCCGACAGCGGCAACUCGGUCGGCGAGAUCAUCGGCCACGCCAAGUCGGUCAACGCCGUGGCCAUGAAGCCGCAGCGGCCCUUCCGCGCCGCCACCGUCAGCGACGACGGCAACAUGGUCUUCUACCACGGCACGCCCUACAAGUUCCAGGAGAAGGUGGCCGCCCACCGCAACUUCGUCAUGGGCGCCGCCUACUCGCCCGACGGAGCCGCGCUCGUCACCGUCGGCGCAGACAAGCGCAUCCAGCUGUACGACGGCAAGACGGGGGAGCCCACCCGCCAGAUCGGCGAGGGCGAGCACACCGGCAGCAUCUUCGCCGCGUCGUGGUCCCAGGACGGGACGAGGCUCGCCACCGCCAGCGCCGACCGCACCGUCAAGCUCUGGGACGUCGAGGCCGGGUCCGUCGUCCAGUCCUGGUCCUUCGGCGACGGCCCCGCCGCCGUAUCGCACCAGCAGGUCGGCGUCGUCAUCCCCCACGGCCGCGACGACGGACUCAUCAUCAGCGUCAACCUCGACGGCGACCUGUCCUACCUCCACGAGGGGAAGCCCGAACCCGUCAGGGUCGUGCAGGGCCACAGCAGGGGCAUCACCGCCCUGGGGACCGGAUCUGCCGACGGUGCCGGCCCCGCCACUUCCCUGUGGUCCGGCAGCUUCGACGGCCGCGUCUGCCACUGGGACGUCGGCACCGGCACGCCCGCCGCCGUCGACGGCCAGCACCACACCAACAAGGUGGCCCACCUGGCCGCCCACGCCGGCAGGACGUACACGGUCGGCUGGGACGACGUGCUCCGCGUCGUCGACGAGUCGGCCAGGGCCUUCCUCGGCGACUCCGAGUCCAGGCUGCCGGCCCAGCCGCAGGAUGCCGCCGUGUCGUCCGACGACGGCACCGUCUACGUCGCCACCUCGUCCGGCCUGGCCGUCUACUCGGCCGCCAGCAAGCUGGUCAGGGAGCACUCCCUCCCCUUUGCGCCCUCUUCCGUCGCCGUCUCCGGCUCCACCCUCGCCCUGGGCGCCGACUCCAACUCUGUCAAGGUCUACAACGCCGCCGGCUCCGGCACCAGCCUCGAGGAGGUCCAGACGCUGACGAACCCGACCGGCACCAUCUCCGCCCUCGCCUUCUCCCGCGACGGGUCCCACCUCGCUGCCGGAAACGCCGCCGGGAAGAUCUACGUCUACGCCGCCGCGGGCGGCUGGGGCCUCGUCUCGGACCGCUGGUCCGCCCACACGGCCCGCGUGACGACCAUCGCCUGGGACCCCUCGGGCGCCUACGCCGCCAGCGGCAGCCUGGAUACUAACCUCUUUGUGUGGUGUCUCGAGAAGAAGCUCCAGGGAAAGAGGAUCAAGGCGGCCAACGCGCACAAGGACGGCGUCAAUGGUGUCGUCUGGAUUGAUGGAGCUACGCUGGCCAGUGGUGGUGGUGACGCGGCGGUCAAGAUUUGGAAGGUCAAGGAUCUGCCUUGA